AUGUCAGUAGCUUUAACCGAACUCAACAUUACAUGUGUGUGGGGCGGUACUUUAGCUGGUAUUUUGCUCAAAACUACCUCAUCGGAGAAUCGUACAUCAAUUCCAACUACAAAGAUCCUUUGUAUUCAUGGAUGGCUUGACAAUCUCAAUUCACUUUUACCAUUAGCAAAACUUCUCAUUCAUCGACAUCCAAACUAUGAGAUCUACUUGUAUGAUCGAGCUGGUCAUGGAUUUUCGAGUCAUAUUCCACGAGGUUUUGAUUAUUCUGCUAUACACAAUAUGCAAGAUCUUCGCACGGUAGUUCGAAGUCUCGGAUGGAACAAGGAAAAAUAUUCAAUCAUUGGUCAUAGCUAUGGAGCUAUACUUGGAAUUAUUUACGCAGCUAGUUAUCCGAAUGAAAUAUCAUGUCUCGUUGCUAUUGAUGCUGUGUUACGUUCGAUGGUACCAGCAAAAAUCUAUUGGAAGACGAUUGCAGCAACUGUUGAUUAUGAUAUAAAAUUCUUCAGUGAUUCAACGAAAGCCUAUGAGGGAGAAUUGACAUUUGACAAAGUCGUUGAAUCUAUAAAAAGUACCAGACCGGGCAUCACGGAUGAAGCUGCUCGAUUGUUAGCAGAACGAUCUAUUCGGAUGGACGAACAUAAUCGAUUACAGUUAACUCGUGACGAAGUAUUGAGAAAGAAGCUUAUGUUUCCUUAUACUGAAGACAUCUUUGCGGAUGUACUUAGAAAUAUGAAAGCAUAUUUACUUUUUAUUGGUACUAAUAACCCUCAAUGGCCGAAUGCGCACUUGGGUAUUUCCUAUUAUCAACAACAUUAUCCACGCUUUGAAAUGACAUAUAUGGAUGGUCCACAUCAUUUGCAUAUGACACAAGUGCAUGAAGUCGUUGAGCGAAUUGAACAACAUUUCGGUAAAUAUCUACAUCAAUCAUCGACAUUAAUCGUGGAAAACAGUAAAUUAUGA